AUGGCCUCUCCUACAAGGCCGCCGGACGACAUUCGCCUCGACAUGGACAGCCAUGGCCACAGUCGCUCGCUCAACAUCGUCUUUGCAUCGACAGGCUGCGCAGACAGUCGGAUCGUCAACGACUUGCUCCCACGCAUCACCGAUCUCCCCGACGUCUCCGUACGCGCAGUGCUGGACACGACAUUCCGUGGCCAAGACUUCAUCCGCGCAGCAUCGUGCUGCCUAACUCUACCCAAUGCAACACGCCACUCCGCCGUGCGUGACGUGACCGAGAUCGAGCAGGAAGCGGCCGAGUUGUGCGACUGGGCCAACUUGCUAGUGCUAGCACCUAUAGACGCCAACAACCUUGCCAAGAUGCUGCACGGCCACACGGACAAUCUUCUCUUGGAGAUACUGCGUGGAUGGAAUGUAUCGAAGAAGAUCCUACUCCUUCCCGGCAUGUCCACAUCGAUGUGGGAGAACCCAAUGACCAAGAAGCAGCUCACCAAGAUUCGCAGAAAGUGGAAUUGGGUGCAGGUGUUGCAGCCGAUGCUUUGGAAGUUUGUGGACGACGAGAAGAAGAUGGCAUCGUGGGAGGCGACAGAGGAGCUGCUUACCGCCAUUCGCAAUCAGGUUGAUCUAUUGAACAUUGGACACGGCUUGGAUGUUUCUCCGAGGUCGAAGACGGCGUUUUCCAAGUCGUCAAGCAGGGCGACCAGUCUUMUCCCACCUGAGCUGUGGACUAUGAUAUUUGACUUCACCGGCGACUGGGAACUAGCCCAGACGUUGCAUAUCUAUACCAAUCUUACUCCUCCACCAGACUGGAUCUCUCACACCAGCGCACAAGGACCGAGUAGCUAUAUGGAAGCUUUAGAGUUGACCAUAUUGAGGGGAAACCUCGCAGAUUUGAAGCAUUUUAUUGCAACGCACAGCGUGCCGCGCUGGCUGUCCAAACUGUGCGUCAAGCUGAUAAUGAGGUUUGCAAUGACGCCGCUACUGGCACACUUGGAGGCAAACCACAAGGAUUUGUUUUGGGCGACAUUUGGCCACACGUUCCUACCCGAUAAAGCCUCUUCCGUGUUUGGCCGGACGGAAAUAUUGGAGUUCUGGCGGACCAGUCCAUCAUUCCUGACAAAGGAGUACAACUUUGAAGCACUGGAUGGAGCUUCACGAGCGGGUUUUGUAAACGUUCUUGAAUGGUGGCAACACUCCGGWCUGCCAUUAAAGUUCACCGAAGCCGCCCUGGAGCAAGCCAGCAGUCAAGGUCACAUUUCUGUCCUUGAAUGGUGGAAGUCACAAUCUACAACAGUCGACGACGCCAAGGCGAACGUGGACUCUUCCAAAGUUCAACUGAAGCCCGGCAAGAGUAUCUGCUAUGCAACGCAGAAUGGACACACAGAUGUUGUACGCUGGUGGCUACAAUCCGGCAUCGCCUUUCCCCACGAAGAUGCCGUGGCCAAGCUUGCCAGCACACACGGACACGUGUCGAUUCUUCAAGUCUGGCAUGGGCUCAAAGGUUCCAAGAUGAUCUUUGACAACCAAGUUCUAGUCGGUGCGACGAAAAGUGGCAACGUCAAGGUGUUGGAGUGGUGGAAGAAGUCUGGGUUGAAAGUCGAGUAUAAGACGUGUGAUGUUGAGGAAGCUUUGGAGGAUGGUGACGAGGGAGAGCGUGGGACAGAAGUCCGCAGGUGGUGGGCGAAGAAUGGCUUGAAUUUGGGGGUUGGUACGAGCGAGUGGAUGAAGACGAAGGUUUUGAAUGCAUGA